AAUAUUGAUCCAAUGUUAACAAUAUAAUUGCUGAUAAUAAUAUGACAUCAGCAGUAGAAACAAAAAUACAUGACAUAAUCCGAUAUUGUAUUUUUGUAUCAAUAUCAGCAAGAGACACUAUUAUUGUGCGCUUACUUUACACACUUUACGGCUCAGAUUUGUAUCGCGAGGUUUCCCUAAAACAGCUGAGAACUUCAGAAACAGAAGAAGAAUGUCAUUUUGUCAACAAAUUAAACAAAAUUGAAAAAAAAAAAAAAUCUUCAAAGGCAUGUAACAGUGUGCAUCCGCCAGUCAACCAGUUUCGCUGUCUCCAUGACAACGCCUCCACUUGCCCCCGGCUGCAUGACUUCUCAGUUCCCCGGGCAACAGGCUCAGGCCGCCCGAGAUGUUAACACGGCCUCCCUGUGUCGCAUUGGUCAGGAGACGGUGCAGGACAUCGUUUUAAGGACCAUGGAGAUUUUUCAGCUGUUAAGAAACAUGCAGCUGCCGAAUGGGGUGACGUACCACCCCACCACGCACCAGGACCGGCUGGGCAAGCUGCAGGAGCACCUCCGCAUGCUCUCCGUGCUCUUCCGCAAGCUUCGGCUGGUCUACGACAAGUGCAUAGAGAACUGUGCCGGCCUGGAACCCGUACCUCCAGAACAACUCAUACCAUAUGUAGAGGAUGACAGCUCCAAGCUUGAUGAGCGAUCAGCCAAUCAGAUGCGCUCAACCAGCGAGGAGAGAAGGGAGGUCUUGGAGGUCAAUAAGAAGCUCCGACAGAAGAACCAGCAGCUCAAGCAGAUAAUGGACCAACUCAGGAACCUCAUCUGGGAGAUCAACUCCAUGCUUGCAGUGAGGAGCUAAAAUCGCAUCUCUCUCUCUCUCUCUGUCUCUCUCUCUCUCUCUCUCUCU